GCAGCCGGGAUGGGUCUGCGGGUGGCUCAGACAGGCUUUGCGGUCCUGUUGCUGCUGCAGUGCUGCUCUGCAUACAAACUGGUCUGCUACUACACCAGCUGGUCCCAGUACCGGGAAGGGGAUGGGAGCUGCUUCCCAGAUGCCAUCGACCCUUUCCUCUGCACCCACAUCGUUUACAGCUUUGCCAACAUAAGCAACAAUGAGAUCGACACCUGGGAGUGGAAUGACGUGACACUCUAUGACACAUUGAAUGCACUCAAGAACAGGAACCCCAAUCUGAAGACCCUCCUGUCUGUUGGAGGAUGGAGUUUUGGCUCUCAAAGAUUUUCCAAAAUAGCCUCCAACACCCAGAGUCGCAUGACUUUCAUCAAGUCAGUGCCACCGUUUCUGCGGACCCAUGGCUUUGACGGUCUGGACCUAGCCUGGCUCUACCCUGGACGGAGAGACAAGCGGCAUUUCACCACCCUGAUCAAGGAAAUGAAGGCUGAAUUUGCAAAGGAAGCCAAGGCAGGAACCAAGCAGCUUCUGCUCAGUGCAGCACUGUCUGCGGGGAAGGUCCAGAUUGACAGAAGCUAUGACAUCGCCCAGAUAUCCCAACACCUGGAUUUCAUUAGCAUCAUGGCCUAUGAUUUUCACGGAAACUGGCAGCAGGCCACAGCACAUCACAGCCCCCUGUUCCGAGGCCAGGUGGAUGCAAGUCCUGACAGAUUCAGCAAUGCUGACUAUGCUGUGGGGUAUAUGCUGAGGCUGGGGGCCCCGGCCAAUAAGCUGGUGAUGGGCAUCCCCGCCUUCGGGAAGAGCUUCACUCUAGCCUCUUCUAAGACGGGUGUCGGAGCUCCAGUCGUGGGGCAGGGAAUACCAGGCCAGUUCACCAAGGAGAAAGGGAUCCUCGCCUACUACGAGAUCUGUGACUUCCUCCACGGAGCCACGGUCCACAGACUCCUCGGGCAGCAGGUCCCCUAUGCCACUAAGGGCAACCAGUGGGUGGGGUACGACGACCGGGACAGCGUCAAAAUCAAGGUGCGGUACCUGAGAAACAGGCAGCUGGCGGGCGCCAUGGUGUGGGCCCUGGACUUGGAUGACUUCCAGGGCUCCUUCUGUGGCCAGAAUCUGCGCUUCCCUCUCACCGGUGCCAUCAAGGAUGCGCUUGCUGCAGCUUAG